GCGUAGUGUCAUUGAGCAUUAUGGAUCAGUGAUAUGUAAUUGUAAUGUGUAAGGAUGUGUGAAUUGGGCAUAUCUGGCAUAGACAUUUUCUUCAAUUUUAUUUAUUACAAUGAAAGCAGUUAAUAAAUAACGAUUGAAAAUUUUGGUAUACAUUUGUAUACAGAAUAGUGAAUAUUUUACUUUCGGCCAAAUAAAUCAAAAUUUAAUAUGCAAAGGGAAGAAAAACAAUUGGAUUCUGCCUUAGAGGCUAUUAUUAUGAGAAUAAACGACUUAAAAACAGCUAUAGCUGCAAUGAUAUUCAAAUUGGAACAUGAAUACGAAACAUUAAAUUGGCCUAAUUUCCUUGAUAACUUUGCCCUUAUUUCAGGACAUUUAACUAGCUUAUCAAAAAUCCUUGGACACGACAAAGCACCAAACUUAAGAAAUUUAACAGUUCUACCAUUGCGAUUAUGCCCUGAAAAAGAUGAAGAACUGCUUCGAUUAACCGAAGGUAGAAUUUCUACAUUUGCUCAUGAUUUAGUACCAGAUUAUCUACGAACCAAAGUGGAGCCUCAAGCUGAACAAAAAAUGAUACAGCUUGAAGCAAAGGCUGCGAAUUUAAAUUAUGAGACUUCACAUGACUGCAAUAAACAAGUUGCACAAUACACAAAAGUAAUCAGUCAUAUAUGGGAUAUAGCAAAUAAAGCACGUGAAGAAUGGGAAAGCGAAGCUGGAUCUAGAGCAACUCAAGCUCAAACUAGUAGUACAGCAGAUACUCAUGCUCUCGUAGCAGCUGUAGGUAUGGGUAAAGGUUUAAAGUCUGAUUCUGUUCAAAUGGUUCAAUCCGGAGUGAAUUCUGUACCUAGUGGAAUGAUGGUAGGUAGGCCUGGAAAUCAGCAACAAACUCCAGGACAAGGAUCUCUUGGAAAUCCAUCUCUGGGACAAAUUAGUAAAGCGCCAAGUACAAUCAAAACUAAUAUAAAAGCAGCAUCGCAAAUUCAUCCAUACAGAUAAUAUAUAUGACCAUAUCUAUUUAAAAAAAGAGUUUCCCAUUCAACUAAAGUAUCUUCGAUUUGUAAAAAUUAUUGCCACUCAUUUUUUUCUGCGUGUAAUUUAUCGGGUUAUUACUUCGCAUUCUUAUUAUUAAAAUUGAUAACAAAUGACUAGAAAUACAUACACGGUAUAUAAAUAAAAAUAUGAGUUAUACAAACAUACUCGUUGAAAAAAUAGUUUUACGAUGUUU